AAAGUAGGUCGGAUCCUCUGCGGGUUUGCAAGAGAGGCAUCGCCGGGACUGUUGCGCAAAAGCUCGCCACUUUCCAGCCACUGUCUCCCACCUUUAUCAUUAUUUUUUGAAAUAUUUCUCGAGAUCCCUUUUGGGGGGCUGCUCCGGUUUCCUCCGCAACUGCAAGGAUGGUGAUCGAGGAGGUCGUGCCCCUGGAGAGCUCCGGCCUGGCCACGCUGCUGCGGGACCCCCGGGAGAGCGGGCUCACGCUGGUGCUGGACUGCCGCCCCUUCCUGGCGUACUGCCAGGCGCACCUGCUGGACUCGCGGCCCGUGCACUGGAACGGGCUGCUGCGGCGCCGGUCCCGCGGCCGGAGCGGCGUCAGCCUCGACUGGCUGGUCCCCGACCGGGCGCUCCUGGGCCGGCUGCGCAAGGGCGAGCUGAGCCACCUGGUGGUGCUGGACGAGGCCAGCUGCUCGGCGGCGGCGCUGCGUCCAGACAGCCUGGCCCGGCUGCUGCUCAACGCGCUGCUCCUGGAACAGCGAGCCGGCACCUCGCACAUCUACCUGCUGCAAGGUGGUUUUGAGAAUUUCCAAGCCAAUUUUCCAGAACUGUGCUUGACGUCGCCAACACCUGCUACUCCAUCGCCUCCAUCUCCAUCUCCUGCUCUCCAAAGCCCUGAAGACAACACAGAAGCAAUUACUCCCUUGUAUGACCAGGGGGGGCCAGUGGAGAUUCUGCCAUUCCUCUACCUGGGCAGCUGCUACCAUUCCUCCAACCGGGAGGUUCUGGAGUCCCUUGGAAUCACUGCUGUGCUCAAUGUCUCAUCCAGCUGCCCCAACUACUUCGAAGGCCAGUUCCUGUACAAGAGCAUCCCAGUGGAAGACAACCACAUGGCUGAGAUCAGUGUGUGGUUCCAGGAAGCCAUUGACUUCAUUGAUUCGGUGAAGAACAGCAGUGGGCGUGUGCUGGUUCACUGCCAAGCUGGCAUCUCCCGUUCGGCCACCAUUUGCCUUGCCUACUUGAUCCAGAGCCGCCGGGUGCGGCUGGAAGAGGCCUUUGACUUUGUCAAGCAGCGUCGUGGGGUGAUCUCUCCCAACUUUGGCUUCAUGGGGCAGCUUCUGCAGUUCGAGACGGAGGUGCUGUGCCAUUAGCCCAGCUGCCCCACAGACCCAGCUGGGAGGGCGGGGUAACCUUCCUCUCUGCGGACAAAAAGACUGAUAAUGUGUGUUUCUGUUUACAUCUCCAAGCGGGUGCUGCAGCAAAGGACAAUGUUGUGGUUUUUUGUUCAUUUGUUUUCUAUUGCACUAAAUCUUGAUGGCAAAUCCCUUAAGGGGAAGGGAAGCCUUCUGCAGUCAAUGCAGAGUUUCCUCAUCCUUGCUGUUUUGAAAUUGCUCUGCCCGGGUGGCUUCAAUCUCAUGACUACUAAAGCAAAACAAAGAGAGAGUACGUCAGGAGUGAAGAAAAGAGGGUGUUGUGAAGCUUUAAGGCCAGAUCUGUUCAGGUGAUGCAUUCUCUCACCUUCCCUGCUACAGUCCAAAGCCAGUGCUUAUUGAUCAUUACUACACCCCCUCAAACGCAAAUAAUUGCAGCUCAAUGCUGUGCCAACAUAGCCUAACAAUGGUAAUGCAGCUGUGCUGCAAACUCCUGAUAGGAUUGUCAGAAAGUUUUCCUUUUUUUGAGGUUGAAGCUACUUGGGGAAGUGAUAACUGAUUAUUGUAAUGCAAUGAUAUUGUGCUUGUCCAGCCUUCAGCAGUCCGGUGUUCUCCAGAUGUUUUGAACACUGUGGGAGUUGUAGAUCUGGAGGACACCAAGUUAGCAAAGGCUGGGUUAAGCCAUUGUACCCUAUAUGGUAUGUUGAUGUCAAAGUGAAGUCUAAAAUGUGAACAAGCCAGCGAGAGGCUUAUAGUUGGAUAGCCAUUGCCUGUGUGUAUCUCACCCUUCCUUCGUGGAGCUUAAGGGGGCAUGAACAAGGCUCUUCUCAUCUGAUCCUCACAACAUCUUUUGAGAGAUAGGUUAACCAGAGAGGGUGGCUGGCGUCUGGUCACCCUGUAAGUUCCAUGGGCUGAGUUGGCCUUUCAGAACCUGAGUCUGCCUUGCUCAUGUGCAACAGUCUGUUCACCACUGUGCCAUCCCUUCAGCUGGUGCACUGGGAAUCCCUGCUGGGUUGUGGAUUGGCCAAAAGGGCAAAACAAUGCUAGUUUGGACUUAAGGUGAGUCCCAGGUUUGAAAAAGCUGAAGACUUAAUUGCUACUGGCCUAAUUCUCCCUUCAGCAUGAGAAUUCAGGCUGAGUGGAGGUGACUUUAUAGUCCUAAUGCUAAGGCAUUCCAGUAUCCCUCCUUUUCUACAUCUUGAUCAGCUGGCCCUAUGCAGGAAUUGAUAGCCCACUUCCCCAUUUAAAGGCUUCUCUCUGCCUUCUGUCAGAAAAACUGAAGCUGUUUCACUGAAGCUUUAAAGACUUGAGUAAUAUGUAAGUGAGAGGUCCUUUUAAAAAGAAGCUUGGCUGACCAUCUUCACCUGACUAUCCUCAAGUCAACUGUGGAUCAGAUUAUUAUUUUUUAAGCAUAGGAAGCAAGAUUAUACACUUGAACUACUGUAUCUCAAUUGUCCAAGUGGUAUGAGCUGCUUGCCUCUGGUCUCCAGCCUCACACAGGUCAGCCAUAGAUCAUCUAGCUCCAUCUGUAACGGAUCGCUCAUUAUUCAUUCAUAUAUGCUGUGAAUCUGCAAGUCGAUAAGAUUUAUUAGGGGGUGAGAGUUGGGUUCCCCAUCUCCAGACCAAGAGGGGAUAAUUCACUGCCAAUUGUACAGCUGUGUCCCCCCCCCCAGCCCUGGGGAAAAACAGGCAAGUAUCCUGCCUUCUGGUAUGGAGGUGGGGGGUAAGGGAAGGGGCUUUCUUCUUCUGAAUGCACUGAGAAUGGACAACACCCACUGCAGCCAAAUAAACCCCUCCUUCCCUUCCCCAGGGUGUUGUCGUAAACUCAUUGGGCUGUCCUGUGAGCCUCCCACUCAUUUCAAUGAGGCUUGCAGAGGCAAACUUUCUGGGGGAUUGUGCCCAGUGACAUCUUUCUGCCCCCUCCCCCGCAAUAUACAGUUUGUACAUUUGUGGAAGAAAGAGGAACACCUGUUUCUUGAGUGACAUUGAUAGUAAAUGUCUUUUGCACUUUAUAUUUAUUAUUACCUGUUGCAAUAAACAACCAGUUUUUAUAUUACUUCUUUAGUCUCUUUGAGACUGGCUCAGUCUUUUUCUUAUUUAUCAUGGUAUUAGUUUAAUAGCACCUUGCAUCCCAAGGAUUGUUGAUA